AAGUAUUUUGAUCUAUUGAAAGCACAAGUAGUUCAUGCAAUGAUUUUAAAUUAGUUGUAGUUUACCAGACAGAAGGCUCAGUAGCAAUGGAUAAUGUGGGCAUUUAACUUGGAAUACAAAGUGAUUAAGUUUCCACUCUCACAGCAGGAGACAAAAGACUAGCUUUUUUCUGUAGUGGGACAUCAAGUAUUUUCUCUUUGCAUUUUCCACUGAGACUAAUACAAUGAUACUAAUGCAACCUUUUAUGAUACAAAGACAAUUUGAAGUGUGAUAGUGCAAACACUGAAAUUUCAAAUCUGAUGCUUCAGAGCCUGGAGAAAGAGGAAAAAAGGAAACUUAAAGGAAAUGUGGUUUGGAAUUUGAACAUGGCUACAAUGCUAAUUUGAAUGUCCAGGUGCUUUGGAAGAUGCCAUUAAUGUGCUCAUAAUUAUCAUAUGAGUGUUCAAGACAUAAUUUUCACUGAAAGUAAUAUGUGAUUAUAAAACUGAGGGUGUAUUGUAGUUCACAGGCAUUUAAAGUCAUCUGUAGGGUGCCUGUAGGUUCAUAAUGGUGGAAGGAUCAUCAGUGAAGGACUAUGACCACGUAGUAGCAGUUUACCAGCCUAUAAGACUGGAAGCCGAAAACAGAGUGCAGCACUGGCUGUAGGUACCUUAACAUGGGGAACCUUCUAAAAGUUUUGACAUGCACAGACCUUGAGCAGGGGCCAAAUUUUUUCCUUGAUUUUGAAAAUGCCCAACCUACAGAAUCUGAAAAGGAAAUUUAUAAUCAGGUGAAUGUAGUGUUAAAGGAUGCAGAAGGAAUACUGGAAGACUUGCAGUCAUAUAGAGGAGCUGGCCAUGAAAUCCGAGAGGCCAUACAGCAUCCCAAUGAUGAGAAGCUGCAAGAGAAGGCGUGGGGUGCAGUUGUACCACUAGUAGGCAAACUAAAGAAAUUCUAUGAAUUUUCUCAAAGACUAGAGGCAGGACUGCGAGGUCUGUUGGGAGCCCUGACGAGCACUCCGUAUUCACCAACGCAGCACCUGGAGCGAGAGCAGGCUCUUGCUAAGCAGUUUGCAGAAAUUCUUCACUUUACACUCCGAUUUGAUGAACUCAAGAUGACAAAUCCUGCUAUACAGAACGACUUCAGCUACUACAGAAGAACUCUGAGCCGUAUGAGGAUUAACAAUGUCCCAGCGGAGGGAGAAAAUGAAGUAAAUAAUGAGUUGGCAAACAGAAUGUCUUUAUUUUAUGCUGAAGCAACGCCAAUGUUGAAAACCUUAAGUGAUGCUACAACAAAGUUUGUGUCAGAGAAUAAAAAUUUACCAAUAGAGAAUACUACAGAUUGCUUAAGCACCAUGGCCAGUGUGUGCAGGGUCAUGCUGGAAACCCCUGAAUAUAGAAGCAGGUUUACAAAUGAGGAAACAGUAUCAUUCUGUCUGAGGGUAAUGGUGGGUGUCAUCAUACUCUAUGACCACGUGCAUCCGGUGGGCGCUUUUGCCAAAACUUCAAAAAUUGAUAUGAAAGGAUGCAUCAAAGUUCUUAAAGACCAGCCUCCUAACAGUGUAGAAGGCCUUCUAAAUGCUCUCAGGUACACAACAAAGCAUUUGAAUGAUGAGACUACCUCCAAGCAAAUUAAAUCCAUGUUGCAAUAACAGUUACCUGGAAUUCGCACCUGCUGUAGACAGACAGUAUUCUGCAAUGACUGAGAUGCACAGAUUUUUUUUUUUUAGUGAUUGCAACUACUAUCUCGUUCAUUCUUGCUUUUUAUUUUCUCUCUUCCUGUUUACCCCCUUUUUUUUUUUUAAUCACUUUCUUGUUCUUAAGUAAGCUCAGACUUCUUUUCUGUGCCAAAUCAAUGAAAAUUAUCAAUUCUGGGAAGUAUUUCUACUUUUCAGAAUAGCCAUCCUAAGUGGCAGCUAAUUAUGCGUUGCAUUUGGAUUUCUCUGUACUGGGGAAAGAUUUGUGACUUGAACUAAAUAUUUUUAAACUUGUGGUUUUUUUUUCUUUUUUUUGAAAAACUAAUAUUUAAUAUUGCUUCUUCUGCAUGGCAAGACUGCCUACUUCUGCUAUUUAAAAAUCCCUCGAUGACUUCAUUUUCUAUUGCAGCUUAUUUUCAUGUGCAACCAUGAGGAAAUUAAAAGCAGAUUUGUUUAAAUUAACUGUGUUUGUACAAAAUGGUACCCAACACAAAGGUUUUUUUAAAUGAGUAAAAAACUGUUUUGUUUAAAAGUUAUGUUUGCAUUUUGACUCAUUUUUGUAAGGAUGUAUGUUGUAUGUUUAACCUUUAAUAACUAACGUUAAACUGUGGUGUGUGCGUAGCAAAAUUACGUAUGCAUGUUCAUGUCAAAUGAUUGGCUGUGGAUAAGAUAAUAAAAUCAGCUUUCAUUUUUCUAAGUGUGGUUUGAUUUACCAGUAUUUUGAGUGAGAUGUCUUCGUGCUCUUUGGAUUUUUUACAAAAAAAGAAUAAUAAAUUUAUACAUUUUAUAUAGUGAAAA